UUCGCCGCGAAGAGGUCGCGCCGCUCCGUUCCUCUGCCCGCGCUUGCUGCCGGCCGGCCGACGCGAGUCUCGACACGCGCUCGUGGUUGUGGUGGCGGUGAUCGCCCAGUGCUUUGUGCCAGUGCAGCGGAUACCCUUUGGAUUACCUUCCUUCGGACCUUGCCGGCCCGCGCCAUGGGCGUGGCGGAUGAUGUCGGGCUCUUCCUGCGGGCGACCCCGGCCCGGGUGACGGACUAGACGUCGACCAGACGGCAAGCCAGACGGCCUAGACUGGACUGACUCGUACUCUCGCGACUGAGCGACUCGAACCGCGUGCCGCCCCAGGACCACCAGCAUGACGGCCUUCGCCUUGUGCCUGCUGCUGGUCGGCGUGGCCGCGCCCCUCGGCGCCCGGGCUGGCGGCGCCAGCGUCGUCGGGGACGUGCUGUCGGCCAACCAGGUCGGCGGCCACCUCAUCCUCGCCGAGCCCAGGCCCGCCGGCGACCCGCGCUGCCCCCGGCCGUGCACCUGCUCCGGCCCGGCCGUGGACUGCUCCCGCCGAGGACUGGCGCACGUUCCCACCAACCUGCCCACCAACAUCGAACGACUAGACCUGCAGGGCAACAACAUCACCAUCCUGUACGAGACUGACUUCGAGGACCUGCGCCACCUGCGGAUCUUGCACCUCAUGGACAACCAGAUCCACACGGUGGAGAGGGGCGCGCUGUCGGACCUGAUUGCGCUGGAGAGACUGCGGCUCAACAACAACAUGAUCAGGCAGCUGCCCGACCACCUGUUCACCAGCAACAGCAAGCUCCACCGACUAGACCUGAGCAACAACGAGCUGAAGGGCGUCGGCAAGAACUCCCUGCGAGGACUCAGCGGUCUGCGGACACUACUGCUCGACAACAACCAGCUGUCCUGCGUGGACGAGACGGCCUUCGACCCCCUGCGCGAGCUCGACGUCCUGACGCUCAACAACAACAACCUGACGUGGCUGCGCUCCGAGACGUUCUCCGGGCUGACGCGGCUGCGCGCGCUGCGCCUGUCCGAGAACGCCCUGCGCUGCGACUGCCACCUGGCCUGGCUGGCGCGCUGGCUGCGACGGUCGCCCAGGCUGGCGCUGUACACGCGCUGCGCCUCGCCCUCGCACCUGCAGGACCUCAGCGUGGCCGACCUGCACGACAACGAGUUCUCCUGCGCAGGUCCUUCGCCGCCCCCUGCGCCGGAGUGCGCGGGCGAGCCGCGGUGCCCAGUGCCGUGCCGCUGCCAGGACACUGUGGUGGACUGCAGGGAGAAGGGGCUCACGGCCGUCCCGGAGCACCUCCCGGAAGGCGUCACGGAGCUACGCCUGGAGCAGAACAAGAUCACCGAGAUCCUCUCCAAGGCCUUCACGCCCUACAAGCGGCUGCAGAGAAUAGACCUCAGCAACAACCAGAUCGGCAAAAUGGCCCCAGACUCUUUCCAGGGGCUCAAGGCUCUUUCGUCGCUGGUGUUGUACGGCAACAAGAUCACGGAUCUCCCCAAGGGCAUUUUCCACGGACUGUCCAAUCUGCAGCUGCUACUGAUAAACGCCAACGAAAUCUCAUGCGUGAGGAAGGACACUUUCCGUGAUCUCAAUAACCUGAACCUGCUGUCCCUGUACGACAACAACAUCCAGUCCAUCGCCAAUGGCACGUUCGACUCGAUGAAGAGCAUCCAGACUCUGCACCUGGCGCGCAACCCCUUCAUCUGCGACUGCAACCUGCGCUGGCUGGCGGACUACCUGCAGCGCCACCCGGUGGAGACGUCGGACGCCAAGUGCGACUCGCCCAAGCGGAUGCAGCGCCGGCGUCUGGCCGCGCUCAAGGACGACCAGCUGCAAUGUAAGGGCGUCGAGGAGUACCGCACGCGCCUGGUGGGCGAGUGCAUGAUGGACGCCGCCUGCCCCUCCGAGUGUACCUGCGACGGCCCCGUCGUGGACUGCUCCGGCCGCGGCCUCAAGGACAUCCCCAAGGACAUCCCGCCCUACGCCUCGGAGCUGCUGCUCCAGGGCAACGAGCUGACCCGCGUCAAGGCGGACGGCGUGCUCGGCGGGCUGCCCAACCUCAUCAAGCUGGACCUGUCCAACAACCAGAUCACGGGCAUCGACCAGCUGGCCUUCCAGGCCAACACCAUGCUGCAGCACCUCUACCUGUCCGGCAACAAGAUGCGCGAGCUCCACAACAAGAUGUUCGUCGGGCUGUCCAACCUCAAAGUGCUGCAACUGACUGACAACCAGCUGUCGUGCGCCAUGCAGGGUUCCUUCGACAUGCUCGCCAGCCUCAAGUCGCUGGACCUGACCCGCAACCCCAUGGUGUGCAACUGCCACUUGGCGUGGCUGGCGGGCUGGCUGUCGUCCAGGGGGCUGGCCGCCGGCUCGCCCUCGUGCGCCUCGCCGCCGCGCCUCCGCGACGCGCCCGUCUACGAGAUCCCGCGCCACGAGUUCAAGUGCCUCAGCGAGAAGGACGAGCAGGGCUGCCUGGGCGACGACUACUGCCCGCCCGAGUGCUCCUGCGCCGGCACCGUGGUGCGCUGCUCCCGGGCCCAGCUCACCGAGAUCCCCCGCGGCAUCCCCGCCGACACCACCGAGCUGUACUUGGACGUGAACAACAUCACCACCAUCAAGCCCGAGCGGCUCCAGCACCUGCAGAACCUGAACCGCCUUGACCUGAGCAACAACAAAAUCAGCAUCCUGUCCAACUUCACGUUCGUCAAUCUGACCUCGCUGUCGACCCUGAUAAUCAGCUACAACAAACUGCAGUGUAUUGAACGGGACUCCCUCGCUGGCCUCAAGUCCCUUCGAGUCAUGUCGCUCCAUGGCAACGACAUCUCCAUGAUUGCUGACGGCACCUUCACCGACUUGCACGCCAUCACCCACCUCGCCCUGGGCUCGAACCAGCUGUACUGCGACUGCAACCUGCGCUGGCUGGCCUCGUGGGUGAAGCGGGACUUCGUGGAGCCGGGCAUCGCGUCGUGCGUGUCGCCGGACAGCAUGAAGGACAAGCUGCUGCUGACCACGCCCUCCUCCGCCUUCACCUGCGACGGAACGCCGCCGCCGCUGGGCGUGCUGGCCAAGUGCGACGCGUGCGCCGCCUCGCCGUGCCUGCACGACUCGCAGUGUGUGUCCAAGGCGGAGCGCCGCUUCGAGUGCGUGUGCGCGGCCGGCUACCACGGCGCCAAGUGCGAGCACGUCAUCGACGCCUGCUUCGGCAACCCGUGCCGCAACCAGGGCACGUGCGUCGUCCUGGAGGAGGGCCGCUUCAGCUGCGACUGUCCCGCGGGCUUCUCCGGCGCGCGCUGCGAGAGCAACAUGGACGACUGCGUGGAGCACAAGUGCGCCAACAACGCGACCUGCGUCGACCUGGUGGAGGCCUACCAGUGCAGCUGCGCCAAGGGAUUCAUGGGUGAGUUCUGCGAGACCAAGAUCCCCUUCUGCGCCGAGGGCUUCGACCCGUGCCAGAACGGCGGCCGCUGCGUGGACCACUACACGCACUACGUGUGCGAGUGCCCCGCCGGCUUCACGGGCGAGAACUGCACCGCCAACAUCGACGACUGCCAGAACCACCUCUGCCAGAACGGCGGCUCCUGCGUGGACGGCAUCAACGACUACUCGUGCACCUGCCCCGGCGACUACUCCGGCAAGUUCUGCGAAGUGACGCCCAUGGCGCUGAUGUACCCGCAGACGUCGCCCUGCGCGCACCACGACUGCAAGCACGGCAUCUGCUUCCAGCCGCCGGGCUCCAACGACUACGUCUGCAAGUGCUCUCCAGGCUACUCGGGCAAGCGCUGCGAGUACCUCACCUCCCUGUCCUUCAUCCACAACUCGUCGUUCGUGGAGCUGGAGCCGCUACGCACCAAGCCCGAGGCCAACGUGACCAUAGUGUUCGCCACGGACCAGGAGAACGGCGUGCUGCUCUACGACGGCCAGUCCGAGCACAUCGCCGUGGAGCUGUUCAAGGGCCGCAUCCGCGUCAGCUACGACGUGGGCAACUACCCGGUGUCCACCAUGUACAGCUUCGAGAUGGUGUCGGACGGCAAGUACCACGUGGCCGAGCUGAUCGCCGUCAAGAAGAACUUCACGAUGCGCGUGGACCACGGCCUGGCGCGCUCCAUCAUCAACGAGGGCGAGAGGGACUUCCUGCGCCUCACCACGCCACUGUACAUUGGCGGCAUCCCGCCCGAGCCCGGCCAGGACGCCUUCAACCACUGGCACCUGCGCAACCUCACCUCCUUCCACGGCUGCAUGCGCGAGGUGUGGGUGAACCACAAGCUGUUCGACUUCGGCAACGCGGCGCGCACGCAGAAGGUGACGCCGGGCUGCUCGCUGCUGCACGACGACGAGCAGAUGGAGGAGGAGGAGGAAGAGGAGACGGAGGACUCGCUGCUCACCGCGGCGUCCCGGCAGCCCGUGCAGCCGCCCGCGCCGCCGCCAGUGCCCCAGCAGCCCCUGGUGCAGCGCGAGGAGCCUCCGCGGGCCCGCGACCCCUGCCUCAACCACGCGUGCCGCCGCGGCUCCAAGUGCGUGGCCAAGAAGCCCGGCAACCCCGGCGAGUACACCUGCCGCUGCCAGCCCGGCUUCUCCGGGAAGUACUGCGACAAACCGGGCCAAGGGUACCACGGCUACCAGAGUCUGCAGGGCAUCCCGCCGCCCUUCCAGGGCAUGCAGGUGUCUCCGCCGCAGCCCAGCACCGGCAUGGGCGGCAUCGGCGGCGGCGUGCUGGCCGCGGGGCCGGCGUGCCACAAGAAGCAGACCCGCGAGUACUUCUCGGAGAACGGGUGCCGCUCCAGGAAGCCCAUCCGCAUGGCGCACUGCGACGGCGUGUGCCCGCACGGCGGCUCCUGCUGCCGCCCGCGCAAGACCAAGCGGCGCAAGGUCCGACUCAUCUGCAGCGACGGCUCGCGGUACACCAAGGACAUGGACAUCGUGCGCAAGUGCAGCUGUGCCGGCAAGUGUGCGGCCGGCAUCAACAACUGACUACCAGGCCCCUCCAGCUCGUCCCCCGGCCACGCCGCCACCGCGACGACCACCACCGCCACCACGACCCU